ACGGAUAUUCGGGUAACUAUGGGUACGAAUCCUAAACUAUGAACUUAUACCUUAUACACAUAUAUGCACAUCCAUUCACACAAAUAAAAAUAGCAAACACAAUAAUUGUUCUUGCUUCUACAAUCCACACAAACAUAAUAAUCGUGUACAUCUUCAUCAUCAAUAAUGGUAGCUAAACUCAAUUUCUCAAGCUAAUCUAAAUUUCUCAAGGGAAAUUGACCCUUUGGUUAGCGGGGCGGGUAUUAUUGAUUACCAUACCUGUAUCCUACCCUUUAUUUUGAAACCGGCUAUUAACCGUACCCACCCCUUAACCCGUCAAAGCGGGUAAUUAUCCUCGUUGACCGGUUACGAUCGGGUACCCAUGGUUACAGGUUGGAUUGACAUCGAUUGACAUCCCUAACUGGGACUAAAUAACUUUCCAAAAGUACAUUUGGAGCCGAACAAUUUUCUUAUUUUCAGCUCUACUCGAAUGCAAAUCUGCAUACCAUCUUUCAUUACUUGCUUUCCUUCUCUCGUUGAAUUUUGCAGUCUCCCCUAUUUAUUCUCCCAUUCUCUUCUCUCAUUAGCAAUUGGUUAAGGCUGAAAUUAAGGUGUUAUUACACAACUUGUUAGCAUAUUGCAAUGUUGUCAAUCCAGAUGAUCUCGUUGGUCCAAUUAAGCAAGUGGGUAGAGAGUUAAAAGUUUGACUGCUUUAAAACGGUUUAAUUUGGAUAUUCGAAAAAGUCAUGACACUGUUUCUAUAUUUAUAAAUUAUUUCAAAUUUCAUCUAAGCAUAAAUGAGUAAUGACAUAUGAUAUAACAUUUUACUAAAAUAACAAUUUGCAUUUGGAUCCAAUAUAUAAUGAAAAUUCAAAUACACUCAUAUAACAUCAAUAUUCAAAUGUUCAACUUAGAAUUCCGAAGUCAGGUUUAGGCGAUGGGAAAAAUAAAAAUAGAUGCGUACAUCGGAAACCAAUGGAAAAAACAAUAUUGUAUGAUCUCUACUCGGUAACCUUGUUGCGGGUCGACCCACGGGGGUGUGGCCCCUAUUUUCCUCACCGAUCCUAGGUCAAACUACGUCAACCCACAGGUUUUGACAUAGUGCCAACACUAGUUCUAGCCAAUAGAAAUAUUUCGCUUUAAUAACUUUUAUUUUAAUGGGAUGAUCAAAAUUCAUGCUAGUUUAAGGGGCACACUUGUCAUUUUAAAAAGUACAGGGGGACACGUAUCUAGUGCGGUUAUUUAUUCUGCGUCCCGUACUAACCACAAGUAUAGUAUUAUGAAGGAGAUUAGAAAAAUGCAAACUAGAAAUAUACAAAAUUCCACCAGAAGUAACAUAGAGUAAACCAAAAACUUAUAAAGCAUACAAGAAUCUAAGCUUAAUUUUUUUUUCAUAAAGCACAACUCAAAAGUCAAAACUGACUACAAGUCUCUUGAAGUGGACAAAAAACCUCAUAAGUCGACCACAAGUUCUCUAAAUCAUAUAAGAAAUAUGUGCAACUACACCACAACUCUCAUAAAACAGACUGGAAAGACGAGAACGCACACCACAAUUCUCGUGGAAUAAUUUAUACGGAGAAAAUUUGAGUUGGGAUGGAGAGCGAGAGACAAAAAGCAAAGAAUUAAAGUCAACCCACAGAUCGACUCACAGUCCCACGGACUAAGAACGUGUAACUACAUGACUCCACAAAAAUACUUUUACAUACCAUUUGGUAUAAAUGAAUUCCUUAAGUUUUGAGGAAUUCGUUUUGAAAUGAAACAUUCUUGUGUUUGGUAUUUAACAUAAUUCAUUUUCAAUUCAAAAUUUUGAAUUCUAUGGAAUUGGAACUAGUUAUAGCAAUUUCGAGAAAUUGAGAUGAAAUUUCCAAAUAAAUUCCACAAGUAUUUACUAAUUAUAACACAAUGAUAUAAUUGUCCUCUUUUAUUAACUAAAUUAUUUAUAUAUAUGACAAACCAAACGCAGGAAUUCAUUUGACAAUGAAUUCUACACACCAAUUCAUUUUAUUUCUGAAGAUUUGAAUAUGACAUAUCAGACACAAGAUUUUCGUUUGACAAUGAAUACUACACCGCAAUUCAUUUUACAAUGAAAUGAAUUCUCGAUUCAUUUGAUACCAAACGUUUUGUUAAUGUAGGAGUUUCUCGAUUCAUUUGAUACCUAACGUUGUUCUAUUAAUGUAUGAGUACAUUACAUAUAAAUUUACCUACAUUUAAAAGUGGCCGCCAUUAGAACUCUCUCCUCGUGGCAAGCUUGUUAUCUGUUGGAGCUCCUCAUUUCUCCCCUGAAAAAUGCUUGAACCGCCAUCGCUAUCUUUCAAAAGGACACUCGUACGGCUGAUCCAGGAAUCCAAGUCCAUCAGAAAGAUGGAGCAAAUCCACGCCCAAAUCCUCACAAUUCCAAUUUUCUCCAAAACUGAUCUACACUUCUUGGUUUCCCGACUUCUCUUCUUCGUUGCGAUCCCCGAUUUCGGUUGUCUCGCCUACGCCAAGCGGAUUUUCCAAUGCGUCGACAACCCGGAUCUUCCCUUAUACAAUAUCAUGAUCAGAGCUUAUUCGUCUAAGUCCAAAGGAGAUUGCAAUGCGCUAACAGACAGGGCUCUCCCUCUGUACCAACAAAUGCUGCUCAAUGGCAUUCAACCUGAUGCCCUGACGCUUCCCUUUCUGUUGAAGGAGUGCUCUGCAAGGCUGGAUAUGAGAGCUGGUGUCAGUGUUCACGGGCAGUCGGUCAAAUUUGGUUUGUACAACGAUCUCUAUGUUCAGAAUUCCAUGAUUAGCUUCUAUUUUGCUUUUGGGCUGAUAGCGAGUGCGGCGAAGGUGUUCGACGAAAUGCCCGAGAGAGAUGUUGUCUCUUGGAACUCGAUGAUCGUUGGGUAUCUAAGAAGUGGAAUAUUGGGGGAGGCGCUUCGUUUGUUUGGAAGGAUGGAGGUCAGAAAUAUUGUCACUUGGAAUUCGAUGAUAACUGGGUUUGCUCAAGGUGGCCAGGCGAAGAAAGCAUUGGAAUUUUUCCUUGAAAUGCAGCGAUCGAGCUGUGGGAUUGAUGAAAACAGACCAGAUAAGGUGACCAUAGCUAGUGUACUAUCAGCGUGUGCUCAUCUCGGGGCAAUUGAUCAUGGCAAGUGGGUGCAUGAUUACUUGAGGAGAAGCGGUGUGGCAUGUGAUAUGGUUCUCGCGACUGCAUUGGUAGAUAUGUACAGUAAGUGUGGUUCUCUAGUUAGAGCAUAUCAAGUGUUCGAUCAAAUGCCUAAAAAGGACACACAAGCAUGGACAGCAAUGGUUUCAGCAUUUUCAUUACACGGUUAUGUCGAAGAUGCCUUUAACAUGUUCGAAGAAAUGACAGCAGCAGGUGUACAGCCUAACCAUGUCACAUUCGUCGGGUUGUUGUCAGCUUGCGCGUAUUCCGGGCUGGUAGAGAAAGGCCGCCAUUGUUUCAGCAUGAUGAGAACCACGUACUCGAUUGAGCCAGAAGUGCAUCACUAUGCUUGCAUGGUCGAUAUACUUGGAAGAGCAGGACUCUUUGAGGAAGCGGAAGAGCUCAUUAGAGGUAUGCCUAUGGCCCCUGAUGUAUAUGUUUGGGGCGCUUUGCUUGGUGGAUGCCAAAUACACGGUAAUUUGCAGCUCGGGGAAGAGGUGGCGAAGCGGUUAAUAGGCUUGGAACCGAAGAACCAUGCUUUCUACGUGACUUUAUCUGAAAUAUAUGCUAAAGCUGGUAACUUUGAUGAUGUGAAAAGGGUUAGAGCCGUCAUGAGGGAGAAUGGGAUAAAGAAGGAGACCCCUGGCUGUAGCAUGAUUGAAGUCGAAGGAGCUGUUUACGAGUUCUCGGUUGGCACUUCCCCUGACGUUAUUGUACAGGAGGCGCUGACUGAAAUUCUCAACAGUCUUAACAGUGAGUUGAAAAUAAUAGGUAACAGUGAGUUCUUAGUCGGCGCUUCCCCUAGUCUGCGCUGCGGCAGCCAAAGGGGCGAGGAAGCGGGGUUUCUGCAAGGUGAAAUUUGAAAAAAAACUCCUAAACGACACCACGUCCGCACCCCAAAUCCCCAAUUCCAUCGUUCUGCUGCUAAGUUAGAAAACAACAACGGACGGAUCAAGAGCAGAUCGUCUUCUUCACGGCCGCUGAGUAGCUGCCGUCAUCUCCCACGCUAUUAGUCCGCGAGUCCAUGCCCUGCUCUCGAUCGUCCCUUACACUCAAUCUGUCAGCUUCUGUCUUCUUGCCUCUCACUUGCCACUAGUAGUUCACUGGCCGCGUUCGCCGGCCUCCUCUGUAUCUCGCCGCCCACUAGGUAAGUCCUCCCUGACUCUGUUUGGGACUAUUUGCUGCGGUUUUUAAUUACAGCUUGUGCUCUGUGGUAAUGUCUACGUGUUGGAAGUAGGAAGUUGGGCUUAAAAAGUAUAUUGCCUAUUUGCCUUUGAAACAGGGGAAGUGCACGCAAAUGUGGGCGUGAUUUAAGAUGGCAGAGUGGUGGGAACACUACCCAACAAUGAGCCCUUUGCUGUUCACUACCCUGGCUACCCUGGCUAUCCUUCUUCAACUUCUCGCCCUUUGUGUAGCUGUUUUAAAACCCUUUGAGCUCUUUGAUUCUUGUAAGGAAUGGCGGACUACCAACAUGUACUGGCUGGCCAUGCUGAUAGAGCUCGCAGGAACAAGCGGAGCUGGACUGAAUGGAUCAAACAUAUCUUUGGUAACCAAUGCUUACAACUGGAAAUUUUAUGCUAUUACUCUCUUUUGGUUUCGCUGCAUAUUGCUUUUAGCUUCCAUAUACUAUUGGGAGGUAUCAUUGGAAUGUUGGUUGUGUUGUUUUCUGAGCGAUGAUGUUUCUUACAUGGUGUUUUCCUAUAGUUUGCCCUAGAUUUGGAUACAGGGAGCAACUCAAGAAACUAUGUGCAAGAGCUCUUUAAUAGCUUUCCAGCAACUGUAGCUGGAGGCGGGAAAAUAGAUGACUGACAGCAAUGAUGGUGAAGAAUAUCAAAUACUCGAGCACGAUGACUACGAUGAUUACUCUGACGAUGAUUACGAAUGACGGCAUUUUUUACUGAAGGAACUUGUUCAGAGUCUCAUAGUGGUAGAUAGUUGCUGAAUGCAAGAACAUAGUGGUAGCCGUAGGUAGUUGAUGUGUGCACAACAGGCUAAUUGGCUAAAAGAGGCUAUCAAAGGGCCACUGCCCACCCUAUUUGUUUGACAUGGAUUCACCAUCUCAAUUAUGUUAAAACAAUUGUGAUGCAAUUUGCAGGUCAAAUAAACCUGACAAGUUUCA